AUGAAAGGACCUACUUUGAAUUUUCGUAAAAAUCCUAGUAAGGGUAAUGGAGUUAAAUCAGUGGAGAUUUUGGCUGAACCCGUAACUCCACCACCCAAGUUUGUGGAGGAAUCUAAUCUGGAAUUUAGUAUAUUGGCCAGCGAGAGGCUGCCUAACUAUGAUAAACUAGAUCUUUUCCAUAGAGCUGUGUAUCCAUUCAUGUUUUUGGCCCAAUGUUUUGCUAUAAUGCCAUUGUUGGGCAUUAGAGAACCCAAUCCACGACGCGUUCGCUUUGCCUACAAAUCUUUGCCCAUGAUUGUCACGUUGAUCUUCAUGACUGCCACUUCCACAUUGUUUCUGGCCAUGUUCAGUCACCUGAUUUUAAUUGGUAUUACCGCUAAAAACUUUGUGGGUCUAGUUUUCUUUGGCUGUGUUUUAAGUGCCUACGUGAUUUUUAUUCGACUGGCAAAAAAAUGGCCAACAGUUAUACGAUACUGGACCAAAACUGAAAUGGUUUUCACCAAACCACCAUACGAAAUACCAAAAAGGAAUCUUUCGCGACGUGUGCAGUUUGCUGCCUUGGCCAUAAUUGGUUUGUCUUUGGGUGAACAUGCUCUAUAUCAAGUUUCGGCUAUUCUGAGCUAUAAGCGUCGUCUAAAUAUGUGCACCAAUAUAACCGAAGUGGCCAGUUUUGAUAACUACAUUCAAAGAAACUACGACUAUGUGUUUCAGAUUCUGCCCUACAGUCCCAUCAUCGCUGCUCUGAUGCUGUUAGUCAACGGAGCCUGUACUUUCGUUUGGAACUACAUGGACCUCUUCAUCAUGAUGAUUAGCAAGGGUUUGUCCUACAGAUUUGAGCAAAUAACUGCUCGCAUUCGUAAAUUGGAACAUGAAGAGGUCUCUGAAUCGGUGUUCAUCCAAAUCCGGGAGCACUACGUCAAGAUGUGCGAACUACUGGAAUUUGUGGACAAUGCUAUGUCCAGUCUUAUAUUGCUUUCGUGUGUCAAUAACCUAUAUUUUGUGUGCUACCAGCUGCUUAAUGUUUUCAACAAACUUCGCUGGCCCAUCAACUAUGUGUACUUUUGGUACUCCCUUCUGUAUCUCAUUGGACGAACGGCCUUUGUUUUCCUCACGGCAGCGGACAUCAAUGAGGAAUCCAGGAGGGGAUUGGGAGUCCUUCGGAGGGUUUCGAGUCGCAGUUGGUGCGUGGAGGUGGAGCGACUGAUAUUCCAGAUGACCACGCAGACAGUCGCCCUUUCCGGGAAGAAGUUCUACUUCCUCACGCGUCGUCUGCUCUUUGGAAUGGCUGGCACCAUUGUCACCUAUGAGUUGGUCCUGUUGCAAUUCGAUGAACCCAAUCGACGCAAAGGACUGCUGCCCUUGUGCGCCUGA